GUAACCGACCUUUCAAUUCAGACGCACCAAAAUUGACUGCGGACUCCAAUUGUUUUCCCCAAAAACAUGCUCCGAUUAUUACGCUGCCCUCCCACCAUCAAAACAUUUUAAUUUUUCUUUUGCUCCUUCAUGAAAAUUAUGUGGAAAAAAUCAGCCCUUUUCUGGAGAAAUUGGAGUAGAGAUUGAGUUGUUAGAAAUGGUUUUUUGCUUUGUUUUCGUUAAUCAAAAGGGCGUCCUCUGAUUCGUAUAUAUACUAGAGAUAAAUAUAUAUAGAUAUAUAAUUUUUAUUUGAUUUUUGGAUUAAAUGUCUGAGUUGGUGGCUCGAACUGGCCGGCAUCAGCAACGCUACGAGGAUGGUUACCGCCUCAUUGCUGGGUGUAUCCCCUUCAAAUAUAGGAACGUUGAAGAAAAUGGUGAUGAAGCAACUGAGCAGAUAGUAGAAGUACUAAUGAUCAAUUCAACUAGUGGACCUGGUCUUCUGUUUCCAAAGGGUGGAUGGGAGAAUGAUGAAACAGCUGAGGAGGCAGCAGAAAGGGAAGCCAUGGAAGAAGCUGGAGUUCGAGGGGAUUUAGUGCAUUUUCUGGGAUGCUAUCCAUUCAAGAGCAAAACACUCCAAGAUGAGUAUAGUCCAGAGGGUUUAUGCAAAGCUGCCAUGUACGCUUUGCAUGUGAAGGAGGAACUCGACUCCUGGCCUGAAAAGAGCCGCCGAGAAAGAAGUUGGCUGACAAUCCCUGAAGCCAUCGAAUGCUGCAGACAUGUUUGGAUGAGAGAGGCUCUGGAAAAAGGAUUCUCCAAGUGGUAUGCCGAUGGUAUGAUCAGCACUUUGCCGAAAAAGGAUUUUCCCAAUUCAUCAUCAGAUCAGCUUUAAGAUUUCUCCCCCCAACUUCCUAGCAUUGGUAUCAUUUCCCAAGCCAUUCUUGGUACCGGUUUGUUUUAUUAGUCCUCAUAUGACUAGGAAUUCAGAGUAAGAUGCAAAUAGUUGUCGUUUUAGGCGUUUAAAUUGUUCGAAAGACCUCUUUUUUGGUAUUUUAAACUGCCAGCCCUCUUGCGAAACAAGCUAUUCAAAAGAAUUGGAAGGAUGCAUUGGAAAAAUUGUCAUUAUUCAUCACAUCAUUAUUAAUUGUCAA